UAUUUGGAAUUGUGUUUUGGAUCUCCUGAUAUUUACGACUUCAAUAUUUGCCGUAAAGGAGAUUAAUCAUGUCUGAACCACAGCCUGCACAAUCUCGAAAUAAUUCGGGAAAGCAGUCUAGGCCUCUAUCAGGCAGACAGUCCGCCCAUGGCAUCAAAAACACCAAUGUUCCCUCAAGGGGAGGAUCUGGGACUUUGUCUGCAUCCAGGGGCGGGUCUGGGGUCCGGGAUCUGGCCAACAAAGAGGAGGAAUACAAAAAGUUAAAUGCGGAGUUAGAGGCAAAGACAGCCAAUCUCGUAGCAGAAGCAGAGGAAGUUUUGAGGGAGCAGGAAUCGGUGCUAUCUAAGUCUCGUCUCCUUGACAACAUCAACUCUGAAGACUUCCUGAAGGAAUUUGAUGAGGAUAUCACCGGACCCAAUGAAAAUACAGAAUCCUCCCUCAGGCCAUCAUCAAGGCCAGGUUCUAAAUUGACCAAUCAGAUUCGACCACUAUCCACCAAUCAGAGUCGAGCACAGUCUAAAACAAAAAAACCAGUUUCUGCAAAUAGGUCGCGACCCCGCAGUGCGAAAUCCAACAUUGCAGAUGAUGUAGCGGUCCCAGAUGACACGUUCAUGACAGAUUUUAAGAAUUUCUCCCUCCAGAACACAGUUGCGAACAUUGAGGGUCAGAUAGACAGUGGUGAUCUCCCCUUAGAUGAGGACGAUGAUGUUCUUCCACAAGCUGCAGCCGAUAUGGGGACAGAGGCGACGAUUCGUUUUCUGAAAGCGAAGCUACGUGUGAUGCAGGAAGAGGUGGACAGGCUGUCUCAGGAGUGCAGCAAAAAGGAUGAAACAAACUCAGGUUUGUCGUCUCGAAUCAAAGAGCUGGAGGAGGAAAGAGGACGCCUGCAUAGAACAAACGCGGCCCAGCAGUCUCAGAUGGACAAGUAUAAAAAAAUCGCGGAGGAGGCGCGGGGGAAAUCAGAGAGCAUGGACAGUCAGCUGGCAGCCGUCCGCAAGGAGCUUGAACAAAUGAAACGUCAGCAGAAACAGCAAAACAGUUCCCAGAGUGCAACAGAAGUGCGGUUAAACAGAGCUCUGGAGGAAAUCGAGAAAUAUAAAGAUCAGCUGUCUCGUCACAAAUCUACAUCAAAGGAGUCCACGGAGCAGGAGAGGAAGAGGUUAGAUCAGCUGGUGACAGACAACAAACGGCUGGAGAAACAGAAGAACGAACUCAUGGCAGGCUUCAAAAAGCAGCUCAAACUCAUCGAUGUACUCAAAAGGCAGAAGAUGCACAUAGAAGCAGCAAAAAUGCUGUCAUUCUCGGAAGAGGAAUUCGUCAAAGCUUUGGAAUGGGGCAGCUAACAGUAUUCACCGAUUUCAUGUAAAGGAUAAACUGUGAAUCUCUUCCUACCAAAGGUUUUGUCCUGUGUCGUCUUUUAAAUGUUGUUAUGCGAGAAUGAAUAAAAUUUAUUUAUCAGAAA